AAGAGUUUUUAGCUUCUUUCCCCUCCAUUCAACGCUUGCCGCCGGCCAAGAAGGCGCGAUCAGCUUCUUUCUCAUCGGUCGAUCGACCGAUCGAUCGCGCGCGGCGGGGCGGAUUGUUGUUGGAUUGGAUCGUUGGAUCGUCGCGUCGGCGUCGGCGGCUAUGGCUUCUGCGUUUCUUGCAAACAGCCCUUGCUCCCCAAUGCUCGGGAGAAUCCAGCUCCGUAGCGAAUGCAGAGCUUGUGGCUUGGCUCUUGGAUCGUCGCGCAAGCGCGGAUUUUUGCCGGUGACGGCCAGUGUCGCCGAGCACCUCACUUUCCCCAAAUCUUCUCCUUCCGACUACGAGGCCGAUCUUAGAAAACUUUUAUCGGGACGCGACGUUCUACACUCCCGAGCAUUCCAGCUCCAUAGCUCCAGGCCUGAAGAACGCUUGAAAAUUUUCUCUGGUACUGCCAACUUACCGUUAGCCACGGAAAUUGCGUGCUAUAUGGGCCUCGAGCUGGGCAAAAGAACGAUCAAGCGGUUUGCCGAUGGUGAAAUCCAUGUCCAUCUCGAAGAGAGCGUUCGCGGCUGUGAUAUUUUCUUGGUCCAGCCGACUUGCCCUCCUGCCAACGAGAACUUAAUGGAGCUGUUUGUGAUGAUCGAUGCUUGCAGACGCGCGCAUGCUAAAACGAUCACUGCCGUGAUUCCAUACUUCGGAUAUGCUAGAGCUGACAGAAAGACUCUUGGUCGAGAGUCGAUUGCUGCAAAGCUUGUAGCGAACCUUAUAACUGAGGCAGGUGCAAAUCGUGUUCUUGCGUGUGACCUUCACUCUGGACAAAGUAUGGGGUACUUCGAUAUUCCUGUUGAUCACGUCUAUGGACAGCCUGUCAUUUUGGACUACCUUGCCAGCAAAAUGAUCUCCGCAGAUGACUUAGUAGUAGUUUCUCCAGAUGUUGGUGGUGUCGCAAGAGCUCGGGCAUUUGCCAAGAAAUUGUCUGAUGCCCCGCUUGCCAUCGUCGACAAGCGCAGACAAGGUCACAAUGUUUCAGAGGUCAUGAACUUGAUUGGCGAUGUCAAAGGCAAGAUCGCGAUUAUGGUCGAUGACAUGAUCGACACCGCUGGAACAAUAACAAACGGAGCAGCACUUUUGCGCCAAGAAGGUGCAAAGGCGGUCUAUGCUUGCUGCACACACGGCGUUUUCAGCCCACCAGCGAUCGAGAGGCUCUCUGGAGGCCUGUUCGAGGAGGUGAUAGUGACCAACACCAUACCAGUGAAGCACAGCUUCAAGCAGCUCACGAUUCUCUCCGUCGCAAAUCUCCUGGGCGAAACAAUCUGGCGAGUCUACGAUGAUAGCUCCGUGAGCAGCAUCUUCAGAUAACGAUGGCUGGAGAAGGAAGAAUCAAGAAAAAAAAAAAUCUUCUUAUGCUUUUUAGAAUUUUUUUCUGCCGAGUCGUGCUCGGUGACGACGAUGAUGAAAUCCACUGCCUCGGAAAUAUUUCCUCGUCUUUGUAAAGAAAACUAACUGUUCUUCUGUC